AUGGAUUCCCCAAAUCAGGCUCAAUUGUCGAACGCCGCUCAUGUUCAUGGCAGUGGAUCACCAGUUCCUGCAUUUCCCCCAUUGCCUCGCGGUUCCUACAAGGAUGACCCAGGUCGACGGGAACAGUCGAAUAUGGAUCUUCUGGAUGACCCCAAGGACAAUUCUACGGAAUUGGAUCUUCCAUACCUCCUGCCAGUCGCCUGGGCUGCUGUUAUAGCUCGUUAUACCGAUAGCGAUGAGGCUCUUUUUGGCAUUGCUUACCGUGGCCGAAAGACCGACAUGGGCGAUCAGGCCAUCUCUCCAUUUCGCCUGGGAGUAUCUCCAACCGAUACGCUGAGUGACGCCAUGGCGUCUGCAGCGCGAUACGAUGGCGAGAUGCGGCAGUACGAACAUAUUGGGCUACAUUCAUUCAGCAAUUUGAAUCCAACCAACAUGGUACUUUGCAAGUUCCGCACUUUACUAGUCAUUGGCGACAAGCUCCACGGCAAACGUGCAGAGGUCAUUCAGGAGCAGUAUCCGCUCAGCAUGUAUGCGUGCGGCACGAGCAUCCAGGCGUGUUUCGAUCCUCUGCUUCUCUCUCCGGAUGUGCUUCGCACGCUGCUCUUCCAACUGGCUGAUUUUCUUCAAGCUGCGAUUGAAAGGCCCAAUUCGACUAUUUUGGAUGUUCAAACAGUUGGCAAAAAGGGACUAGCUCAGAUGCAGAACUGGCAUACCUCUCACGACAUGUACAUCCAUGAGCUCAUCAACAUGAAAUUACUGAACCAUCCAUCAGCACCCGCGGUAUCUGCCUGGGAUGGAGAGCUGACCUAUGGCCAGCUCGAUCGAUGGGCAUCCAGUUUAUCCCGUCAUAUUAUUGGUGAAGCUGGAGUGCAGCCGGGACAAUUCGUUGGUCUCUUGGUAUCAAAAUCAGCGACGACUGUGGUCGCUUUACUGAGUGUGAUCAAAUCCGGAGCCGCGGCUGUCUUUUUACCUCCAUCACUGCCCACUGCGAGGCUCCAAACCAUGUGCAGAAUAGCCAGGGUACAGCUCAUCCUCACGACGACUAAUCACCGGGGCAAAGCUGAAGAGCUAGGAGUCCCUGUGAUCCAAAUCAACGCACAACCCCCUCCAACAGAGGAGAUCAAGUUAUAUGAGAGCACUGUUCGGUCCGGUCCUUUAUACGCAGUGUUUACAUCGGGAUCAAUGGGUGAACCAAAGGGCGUCCAAGUAGAUCGAGGAUCAUUUGGGCCUGGUAUUGCGAACUUUUGCGAACAAACAAGACUUGGUCCAGAUUCGCGGAUCUUCCAGUCCGUCUCAUACGCAUUUGUGGUCAGCAUUUUUGAACAACUGGCUGCGCUCGCUAUUGGUGCUUGCAUUUGCAUCCCAUCCGAAGAACAGCUCCAGAAUGAUAUGGAGGCCACCCUAGCUCAAUGCAAAGCUGACUGGGCCGCCAUGACCCCGACUGUGGCGCGGACCCUCUCACCAAGUCUUCUUCCUGCGUUGAAAACUGUGCUCCUUGUUGGCGAGCCAGCUACUGCUGCUGAUAUCAAGCAAUGGAAACAAUCGACAACACCAUACAGCCUGUAUGGUCAAACCGAGCUGGCUAGCACUGUGUUUGUGCGCCGACACGAGUCUAUCCGUGAUGCGGGUAACAUCGGCUUUCCCGUGACCGGUAAAUGUUGGGUAGUCGACCAGACUAACUAUCAUCGGCUAUGUGCCGCCGGGGUUGAAGGUGAAUUACUUAUUGAGAGCACCGCAAUGGGGACGUGCUAUCUGGGAAACCAUGAGCAGACCGCCGCAACCUUCGUGGAGCAGCGACCUGCUUGGAAUCCUGAUGUGGAUGGCUUCCAGACUAGAUGGGCUUUGACGGGGGACCUAGUAAGAUACAACUGUCUGGAUGGGUCAAUCCAGAUUGCUGGUCGCAAGGGAACGCGAACGAAGAUCAGAGGGCAACGGGUCGAACUUGGCGAGAUCGAAAGUUCUCUUCGAGUUUCUCUUCCAUCUGCUCAGCAGAUGAUCGCCGAGGUUGUAACACCCGCGGUUGGAGAUGGGAGUGGACGAUCAGAUGCAGUAUUGAUUGCAUUUGCCUGCGCAGACUCACAGACGCCGGCUUCAGAUCUUGAACUUGAAAUUCUGUCAACAGCUGAGUCCCGCGCCAACAACCGCAAAGCUCUCACUGCCCUCCGUCAACUGUUACCAGAAUAUAUGAUUCCCAGUGUCAUUCUGGACUUGCGAUAUGUGCCACGCACAGUAUCUGGGAAGAUCAACCGAAAGGCGCUUCGUGACUGGGCUGCAGAGCAAUCUGUAUAUGAUAUUCUCAAGACGGAGGAGAGCGCGCCAUUCCGAGCUGCCGAGACACAGAAGGAACGUGUUCUGCAGUCGCUCUGUGAGAAGAUACUGCAUAUCCCCUCUUCCAAGAUAGGGCUUGAUGACAACUUCUUUGAUAUCGGAGGAAAUUCUCUCACGGCGCGACAGGUGGUCUCGGCAUCCCGAUCGCGUGGAUUCCACAUUACCGUAUCUGACGUAUUUAACCAGCCAACUCUGGCAGCAAUGGCGAGACGUUACGUCAAGCGUGAUGGUCCUGUAUCGUCGGCUGCAAAUGUUGAUGAGGAUAUAUUUGCAAGUUUCAAGGGAGAAUUACUUCAGGAAUUGCCGUCAUGGCUUGAUGCCGGCAAUCUGCAGGAUGCGUUUCCCACGCUGGAGAUGCAGACACACCUUGUGAAAUCUGAUGUCUUUGAUUAUUUCCCUGUGAAAAUCAAUGGUGCUGUGAGUGCAGAGCAACUUCGACGUUCGUGUCAGAUAUUGGUAGACGCUCAUCCAGCCUUGCGGUCGAUCCACAUACCCUUCAAGGGCCAGAUAGCGCAGGUAGUUCUGCGCAAAGCUACCAUUAACUGGGUGGAAGUUACUGCUCCUUCUGAUGCAGAUCUCAUGACAUGGACGCGCUCAUGGGUGAUAGAGGAUCGACAACACCCACCACCAAUGACCCAACCCACAACCUGUUUCACGCUGAUUCACCACGGCUCAGAUGAGUCCGCCUUUAUCGUUCGUCUUUCGCAUGCUCACUACGAUGGCGCCUGUUAUGGGCCCCUAUUUGAGCAGAUUGGGGCGAUCUAUUCCGAUCCGGAACUUGCUCCACACGCAGGAUCGGAUUUCCCCGGCUACCGGCGGGCCUGCGCACGUCUGAGGACAUCGCAAGCAUUCGAGCACUGGAAGGACAUUUUAGCGGACAGCGAGGUGACUCGAUUGCCGAGAGUAUCGGCUGGUGAGGACGCCGAAGUCAUCUACUCCGGGGUAUGCGCACCGGCCGCUCCGCCAGCGGGGAUCACGAUGGCGACAGCAAUCAAGGCGGCAUGGGCAUAUGUCUUGGCACAAGAGACUGGAAAAACGGACGUUCUCUUUGGCCAGGUCACAAAUUGUCGGGGCAUCCUGCCGGACGGAGGGGAGGGGAUGGUCGGAAUGUGUCUAAACACGACACCUGUGAGGGUUGAAGUCAAACCGACUACCCGGGUUCGUGAUGUUCUGGCGAUGGUCCAGCAACAGCAUACCAAAUCGGUUGAAUAUGAAACGAACGAUUGGUUUGAUAUUGUUGCGCGGAGUACCUCCUGGUCGGCCGAUACCGAUCUUGACUCCGGCGUACUGCAUGAAAACUUUCCCACUUUGCAUGAAAUGACCCUUGGAAAUGCCACGGGGCAAAUGAUAGAGCCUAUAUUCAAGGACACUAAGUGGACACGACACCUGCUGAUUACUUUCCCGGGACCGCAAGGAUUGGUGACCUUCUUCGUAACGAGGAAGGGUGCCCUUGAUAAUACUAUUGCACAGGGGCUGGUGCCCGCGUUCAAUGACGCCCUCGUGCGAUUCUUGGCUUCUCCUGAUGAUGUUAUUGGUCCUGUCAGUUGA